AAAUAACUGUAUUAUUGCUGACUAGAGGGAAGAAGUUUCCUUGUAGCUUUUAUCGCGCCCUCUGCUGAAGAUCGGCUUAAGGCUCCGGAACUAUGGAGCUUGAUGCUAAAUAGCACGAGGUUGUAAUUCCACUUCUGUGAAAGCUUUCGAUGUUUGAAAUUUAGACGCGCCUAGUUCCUCCUUGUGCAAAGGCUCAAGUCUUGGUCCUUGUCAUUUUCUGAGGAUAAGGACUCGCAUGGAUUCAAGUGAUCAUCGACCGAUUAGAGAACAAAAAUACGCCCACACGAAUACAUAAACAGAUCCAUCUCGAUAUAAGAAUACAAAAAGAAGGAUCAAUAUAAGAGCCCUGCCUUUUCUUUAGAUCGUCGUAUCAGCACCAUCCAGUAUUUCGUCCCUUUCUUCCAAUGAGCAGUUUGAACAAUUUCGACUUAUCCUUCGAGUACCACGAAAGUGACUAUAGCAUACCCGGAGCUAUUUUAUGGGACUUUUCUGACACUUACCCGGAAUUGAACUCAUCGCCGCGUCAGACGCCCUACCUCUCUUCGGCGCUCCUCAAUAACCAACCUACAAAGUUUGCACCUACAUUGGAUAUCGGACCUAACAACCAAGCAUUGUCUCAGUCCAACUGGGACAGGGAUACGACCAAGCCCCAUAUGAGUUUGACUGAUAGCCACAUCAACAAUGCGGCCUUAGGAUGGUUUUUACCUCCGACAUUCCUGGCAGUCGAAGACUCAGCUAUUCAUACUCCAGACCUUGAUAUCCCUUCAAAAUUCAAGAACAGUGCCGAAGACAUACUUUUGCAAAGCACCGAGCCAUUUUUCUCCGAAGCCAGUAGUGGUCCCUCUGUCAGUGGAGUAAGCCGCUCUUCUACGCCGGCGUUGUCCUUCGCCAGCUCCCGGUCCUCCUCUCGAUCCCCUCCUACCAAACUUCAUCAUGGACCUUGUCUCUGCAAUGAAGAUUCUGGCAUCGAAUCAUUUAAUUGUCUGGCAGAAUUGAAUGUAGGGAAUGAUAAUGCUUCCUGGGAUUCCCCCGUGGGCCAUCCUAUUUCUGGCAUGUACCCGAACUAUUCGCCACCAUACCCCGAAUUCGGAAUGUCGUACCCCUCGCCACCUUCGAAGUCUAGCGAAGCAGCUCCGUUGCAUGAGUCAAACGAAUGUUUCGACGACGGUCAUCUCAACAACAAGGAAACUCUCGCACCUCCUCCAUCUCCGCCACUUCGUCGUCUCAAAAGAAAGGUCAGAAGUCAUCGACGAGAGGACUCGGACGAUGAAUAUGAAGAGCCUGAAGAUACAGGAGAUGAUGAGACUUACGAUCCCGCCAGUUCUGCUGGCCAUGGCAAUCUUACUACUGGGAAGAAGAGAAAGGCGGCUUCUAAUGAAACAACAGAGGAGCGGACAUGUAAAAAGUGUGGACUAGUCUUUACACGUUCGGCAGAUAUUGGCCGCCAUUGCGCAUCCGCUCACUCUGAAAUGAGCGAGGAAAUGAAACAAGAAUGUACAUGUGUUCUCUGUUUGAAACGGCUGGCCCGCCCUGACGCAAUGAAACGUCACCUAGAGGCUCGAACAAAGAAGUGUCUGCUGGAAGCAAAGCGGCGUAAGGAGCGCGGGGAGCUCGACCCAGUAAUAUACCGCUUGCACCUGCAAUCGUCCUGUUGAGGGCUCAGCGUCGCUGUAUUUUUGGUUUUUUG